GAUUUUUGUUGCAGGUCACCUGGAGGGUCGUGUGGCGAUGAGACGAGGCCGGUGAUUGGCCAGUCCGGCAGCUGCGCCUGUGCUGAUUGGCUGAGAGGGCGUCGCCUUCUGUCUGCCGUCUCAGCUACGUACAGACUCCAAGACAGAAGGUCCCCAGACCUGUCCUCUGCUCCAGGGCCAUUGUCAGGGUCUAGUGACCUCAGUCUCACCCCUGAGGUUAGGUCAGGUCAAGGAAAACAAGUGAAAAAUGUGGAGUUUAGUGGUGAAAUGUGAGAGGGUGAGAGAGAGUGAGAGGUAGGAAGGUGCGUCCCCUCAGUGUGUUGGUAGAGGGAGGCACGCACGCUCAGUGUACACUCGACUCCCCUCGUGAGUGGACGUGGAUCGAUGCCGGUCCGUGGCGGCCCCUUGUUUAUGUGAGUAAUGGUGGGUGUGGAGCAUGGCGGAGCAGUGAGGUGGCAGUGACUAUGUGCUGGGGUGAGGCCUGGGCAGUCCUCACAGCACCACAAUGAGCAACUCAGUAUGUUUAUCCUCCUUCAUCCUCCUGGUGGCCUCGCUGGCGGGGGCCACAGAGGGCGAGACAGCCAAGGAGUCUCGCUGUGAGGAAAUAACCAUACCCAUGUGUCGUGGCAUCGGCUACAACAACACCUCCAUGCCCAACCAGUUCAACCACGACAGCCAGGACGAGGCAGGGCUGGAGGUGCACCAGUUCUGGCCGCUGGUGGAGAUCAUGUGCUCCCAGGACCUUAAGUUCUUCCUGUGCUCCGUCUACGCUCCCAUCUGUAUUGAGGACUACGACAAGCCUCUGCCCGCCUGCAGGAGUGUGUGUGAGCGAGCCAAGUCUGGUUGUGCGCCUAUCAUGCACCAGUAUGGGUUUGGUUGGCCGGAGCGCAUGGACUGUUCCAAACUGCCUGAGUAUGGCGACUCUGUCCACCUGUGUAUGGACAAACGUAACGGUUCAGCGCCAGAGAAAAAAACUACGAAGACUGUGGUGAAUUUAGACAGUCAGUGUCGCGGAAAGAAUUCCAAAUUCUGCCCCAAGACUACCCGCCAGGGGGCGUGUCAGUGCUCCUGUCAGUUCCCACUCGUCAAACUAGACGCCACUUACCGUCAGUUUGGGAAAAACCGCAACGAGUCGUUUAAGGUUGGGGAGGUGCACGACUGUGCACUGCCCUGCGAGGGUGUCUAUUUUAGCCAAGACGAGAGAACUUUCGCACAGUUCUGGAUCGCCACCUGGGCUAUACUGUGUUGUGUCUCCACGCUCACCACCAUCACAACAUUCCUCAUCGAUAUGGAUCGUUUCAAGUACCCGGAGCGUCCCAUCAUCUUCCUCAGCGGGUGCUACUUCAUGGUUUCCGUAGGCUACAUCAUCCGGCUGGUGGCUGGUCACUCUGAGGUGUCGUGUGACGGUGAAAUGAUCAUCUAUAACUACCACCUGGUGCGUCACAACCCUUACGGCUCCGGUCUCUGCACCACCGUCUUCCUGCUUGUAUAUUUCUUCGGAAUGGCUUCGAGCAUCUGGUGGGUGGUGCUGGCCUUCACCUGGUUCCUGGCUGCUGGUCUCAAGUGGGGCAAUGAAGCCAUCGCAGGUUACUCCACCUGGUUCCACCUGGCGGCCUGGCUCAUCCCUACCAUCCAGAGCAUUACUGUACUAGUCAUGGCAGCCGUGGACGGAGACUCAGUGGCCGGGAUCUGUUACGUGGGCAACCAAAACAUCGAGAACCUGCGAGGUUUCGUACUGGCGCCUCUCUUCAUCUACCUGGUACUUGGCUCCUGCUUCCUCCUGGCCGGCUUCGUCAGUCUCUUCCGCAUCCGCAACGUGAUCAAGCAGCAAGGCAGGACCAAGACUGAGAAACUGGAGAAGUUGAUGAUCAGAAUCGGCGUGUUCAGUGUCCUUUACACCGUUCCCGCCACCAUCGUCAUUGGUUGCUACUUCUACGAGCAGCUGUACGUGUCUAACUGGCAAGACUCACUAGUGUGCCCAUGUAGCGCCCACCAGGGGCAGCGGCCAGACUACUCUGUGCUGAUGCUGCGCUAUUUCAUGACGCUGGUCGUGGGCAUCACCGCCGGGUUCUGGAUCUGGUCGGGCAAGACGCUGGACUCGUGGCGACGGUUCUACCAGCGGCUGUGCCCAGGGGCACACGGGCACACCUAUGAGUACCCGACGCGACCCAUCAAGCAGGCGGCGGCGCCCUCCUGUGCCUCCUUCCCUCCCCCUCCCAUGAGUGCCCAGGGCACUACCCACAGCGUGGCGUCACACAUGGGGCCCGUCAACAAGACACUGCCACUGUCGCACGUAUGACAGGAGAGGGAGGAGGGGGCCUACCUAACUGGGGCCCAGAGCACCAUGGGGGGCUGUCAGGCCAGUGUGGUGAGUGGGGCACCCUCCACCUGCCACAGCGUCACCACACCUCACCUCUACGUUGAUCCAAGGGACGAGAUCCUUCCCUACGAGCUCUGAGCCCCCACCAGGUGACGCAGGUGAUCCACGCUCCUGAAGGUGCAGUAGGUGGUAUGUUAAUGGUGUAUUUGUGGUAACCUUUCACAACAGGUAACCAGUGUUUACACCUCUGCACCAUAUGUGACAGUGGUAACACCUUUGUACCCCGUGUAAUGUGUGAACAGGCAUCAUCACUGUAAUACAGACAGUGGCAGUGGAUAGACCAAACGUGGCCCUGUGCCAUAACAGUGGGAAAAAAAAUAUUGUUUGACCCAGGGUGGCCCUCUCUUCCCAAAAGGACAGUGACACAUGCCCCUCGAGGUGGGCACUUGUGGGGUGCUAAAAAAAGAUCAGUGCCCACACCGUUUCCUGUGAUGACUUGUAUCCAUUCUUCUACGAUGCAGUGUAGUGACUGGCGUCGUUCCCAGCACGACGCCACGAUUGUCUACGAUGCAGUGUAGUGACUGGUGUUGUUCCCAGCACGACGCCACGAUAGUCUACGAUGCAGUGUAGUGACUGGCGUCGUUCCCAGUACAACGCCACGAUCGUCUACGAAGCAGUGUAGUGACUGGUGUUCUUCCCAGCACAACGCCACGAUCGUCUACGAAGCAGUGUAGUGACUGGCGUCGUCCCCAGCACGACGCCAGAUUCGUAACCUAACAGUAUUUUCAUGGAAGUAUUUCAGUGUAUUAUUGCGUAGAACACUCAGACGUUCCCCGCAAAACAGUUUGCCAAAAGAUGUCAUACUAAGUCAAGUGAUCUGUAGUAAGAUUCCUCGACUGUUGGAGACGCAGUGCAACACUUGUAUUAUAUCAGUGUAAUUAUGUUGAUUUAUUUUUCAGUGUAAGAAAAUGUAUAUUCGUGUAAAAAGGCUUUCACAUUUAAGAGUGUACAUAUUUUUAGCUUUUGAAUGAUUACGUCUAUAUGUGCUAUAUAUAUAUAUAUAAAUAUAUAUAAAUAUAUAUGUAAUUUUUAUAUGUACUGGCUUGAAGUCGCCCUUUGCAUAUCAGUUUGCAUUAAAAUUCUGCUGUGACAUGUC